GUAGAAAAUAGAGUGAUAAACAAAAAAAAAAAACAAAUUACUCUAUAUUUGGAGUAAACCUAUUUUUCAGUCUAUUAUAGAGUGAGAAAUAGAAUAUCAUUGAAGCAUUUUUUACUCUAAAUUCUAUUUUAGAGUGAAAAAUAGAGUGAGAUUGGAGAUGCUCUUAGAAAAUUAUGGAAAAUUGUUUGGUUAAUGUACGUAGAAAUGAAUUGAAUGGUUUUAUCUUUCCAAAAUAAGCCUCAUGAUCUUAUUCUACUCAACCAUAUAUUUUUCUUUAAAAUCUGACUUAACAAAAGUUUACCAGAUUAAAUAACGAAACAUUUUGACCAGUCUUUUUAUAUAGGAAAAUGAGAGUUUUGAGAGAGUGGAGUGAGAGAGGGAGGGAUUAUUCGUUUACAUAUUAUUCAAACAUACAAGAGCUUUGCGGAUACACCAGCUCAUCAAUGGUUGGAGUUUUUUGGAUUAGUUGAAAUUUGAUGUCAUUAAUGUGCGGGUUACUCUAUGCAUUAUGCAAAAAUGCAAUUAUUCCCAUAACGUGACACGACCCACAUGCUCUCCCACAUUUCAUUAUUAUAAGCUUGUCUUCAUUAAGCUCAUGUUACUCUUGAAGAAUUUAUAAACGGAUCAUUUGUUGACAAACAGGAAAACUAUACUAUUAAUUUUGCAAUAAAGAUAAAAUUUGAUAUGAAAAGUUGAAAACAGAGAGAAAAAGCUAACUUGUGGUGAAUGAAGAGGAGAGAAUGUCUUUCUUUUAGUUUAAAACGAAACGCGCGAAUUUAGGCGAUUGGUUUGUCGGUCUGGAAGAAACCUCUCUGGCCACAACGUUCCUUCUCUUCUUUUACCUUUUUAUUUUUAUUUUUGAAAAUUAGAAAGUCAAUUAAAUUGUCACCAUCAAAUAUUAUUACAAGUUCCUCCACGGUCAAAAGAAUCAUUCUUUUCCAUUUUUAGUUUGCAAUAAAUAAUCGCCAAUUUGUUUGCUGUUUUUGUAAUUAAAAAAAAAACAUUUUCAAAUAAAUUUCUCCAUUCUUUAAUGUAGGCCUGGAUCAACUAUUAUUCUCAGACAAGUUUUCUUCAUUGAUGAUCUUUCCUCCAAAAGUUUUAUUGUUAAAUUCUUUCUAAAUGCCGGUGAUGAUCAUCAUCUGUGCAUGACAAAAUUAAAGAACAACAACCCGAGAAAUAAAAAAAAAUUCCCUUUUUCAAUCAUUUGAAUUUCUUCCAAAUUUGUUACUUUUACAUAACUUUGAAUCCAUCGAGCUGAUUUUGCGAACUGGGUUCCUCUCAAAAUUUCGAAUUGGUGAAUCCAAUUGUGUCCAUGGUGAUGAUCGGUUAAGGGUUUUGAAUCGGAUCAAGAUUUCACCUUUAUACCGUAAAACGAUGAGGUUUCUGAGCCUCGUCGGAAACUCAUUCGGUUGCUCCGCGUCCGGCGAACGAUUAGUAUCUGCAGCCCGAGACGGCGAUUUACAAGAAGCCAAGGCUCUUCUUGAUUACAACCCGAGACUCGCUCGCUACUCCACCUUCGGCGUUCGUAACUCUCCUCUCCAUUACUCCGCCGCUCAAGGCCACCACGAGAUAGUUUCUCUGUUGGUGGAAUCAGGUGUUGAUAUUAAUCUCCGGAACUACCGUGGACAGACGGCUUUGAUGCAAGCUUGUCAACAUGGUCAUUGGGAGGUUGUUCUGACUCUCAUUCUCUUUGGUGCUAAUAUUCACAGAUCGGAUUACAUAAACGGUGGUACUGCGCUGCAUCUCGCGGCUCUUAAUGGUCACCCUCGGUGUAUCAGGAUACUGCUUUCUGAGUAUAUUCCAAGUGUUCCCAAUUGCUGGAGCUUGUUGAAGAGUAACAAAACCUCUGUUUCCGGAUUUGAUCGAAGUGUUCUUCAAGAGGUGAUAAACAGAGCAGCGGAUGGAGGAAUCACACCUCUUCAUGUGGCGGCUUUGAACGGACACAUAGAGACGGUGCAGUUACUCUUGGAUUUGGGAGCUUCUGUUACUCAGGUCACCGUGGAAGAUGGAACCACAAUAGAUCUUAUAGGUGCUGGGAGUACAGCUUUACAUUAUGCUUCAUGUGGAGGAAACAUUCAGUGUUGCCAGCUUUUGAUCGGCAAGGGUGCCCCUUUGGCUGCCAUAAACUCUAACGGAUGGACGCCAUUGAUGGUUGCUCGCUCAUGGCACCGGGACUGGCUCGAAGAAACCCUGAACCCAACCACAGAGCAGCAGCCACAAAGCCAUCCACCAAAAGUCCCUUCUCCUUUCCUCUGCCUUCCUCUAAUGAGCAUUGUCAAGAUCGCUCAAGAAUGCGGCUGGCGAGAAAACGACUGUCUAACUCCAUGUCGUGACCCUUGCGCAGUUUGUUUGGAAAGAAAAUGCACUGUAUCCGCAGAUGGAUGUGGUCACGAGUUCUGCACGAACUGUGCAUUAUACCUAAGCACAACAACCAACACAUCCUCAAAGACGACAUCACAAGCCACACCAGGCUCAGUCCCAUGCCCUCUCUGUCGCUACGGCAUUGCUUCUUUCACCAGACUUCCGGAAACAACAGCAAUAACAACAACAGUGACAUCAUCGAGAACAAGCAUCUCAUUGUCCUUCUGCACUUGCUCUUCCUCCUCUGAUGUAUUAGACACAGCUCUUCUUACCACCAACACUCAGUACAGCUGUAAUAAACCGGUGGUUUCAAGAACCGGUUCUAGAAUCUCACAAUCCGUUGGUUCAUCAUCGUCAUUUCGGUCACUUAGCUGCCAUAGGUUUCCUCCGAGUCUCUGCCUCGGUGGCUCGGAUGUUGAUGAACCGCAGAGACGGUUAAUGAAUGGAUCGUAUUCAAGAUCCGGUUUAGGGUUCAGGCGGUCGGCGUCUCAGGUUGAAGGAAAACGUUCUUGGUUUUCUGCGUUUAACCAUUGUGUUACAGCCGGUGGAACUGCGUGCUAACGCAAACGCUAUUUUUUCCUUUUUUUUUUGACAAAUCUUUACUCCUAUUUUUAAGGAGAAGAAAAUGUGCUAAUUGGUUCUGUGAAUGGUGGUGUGGUUAUUAUUUAUUUUGUAACAAUUGAAAAUGUUGUAAUAAAUAUAAUUAAUUUGGCUUUGCCGUUUACAUUGAAAUGGUGUGUAUAU